AUGACCCCUCCUUCUGAUGAGAAUGGCAGGGAUGUCUAUCUGUGGAGGAAUGGAGAGGACCAGUAUGUCCAGAAGUUCUCGACCAAGGCUACUUGGAUUAGGCUAAGAGAACCCUCACCUCUGGUACCAUGGAGCAGACUAGUCUGGUUCAAGGAAGAAAUACCGAGAUGUUCUUUUGUUACUUGGAUGGUGGCUCUCGCUAGGCUUCCCACCAGGGAUCGGCUUGCUUCGUGGGGCAUGAACGUUCCAACGCAGUGUGUUCUUUGUCUCUUCGGAACAGAGUCUCAUUCUCAUCUUUUCUUUCAAUGUCCUUUUGUUGCAGCAAUUUGGGCUAAGUUCUCUGCCAGUCCAGUUCUGCUUGCUCCAGUCUCUAUCCAAGCGCUUGCUGGUGUUAUUGCUCAUCCCCAACUCGCUGGAGUUGCUGGUAUGGAUGCUGUGCUGAAGCUUAUAUUGCAGGUAAUUGUGUAUUGCAUCUGGCGGGAGCGUAACGUGCGCAUCUUCCAGCAAGUCUCUACAUCAGUUGCUGAAGUCUUCUCUCGGGUGGACCUUUAUUCGAAGAUCAUACAAGACACGUCCAUACGUGGCGCAAAGCCAAGUUUUAAGAACGCCACGUGA